AUGACCGUGUCGGCAGUUGCUGAGAUGGAUUCCAACUCCACAGGCUCGCGUCAACAAAAGAAAGGCAAAAUUCACCCGAAUAAGAAACUGUCGGAGAAGGUGCACAAGGACAACCCGGACCAGUUCCCAGAUCCCAACCACAAGCCCGAGAUAGCCGUCCCUCCGUCCAGAUUCGAGGCUUUUAUCGGGUUCAAGCCCCUCGUAGACAUCCAGGAGUUGAUAAAACUAGAACUUCUCAAACCAUUCCUACCCGCCACGACCGAGGGCUUAACCUUAAGCGAUGACGAGACUCUACGCACUUUUCCGAUUCCGUUAUACGCAUCGGAUGUUACGGUGCACGAGGCAUCCCAUGAAAAUCCCCCUGAUUACAACGAGGAGAAGAGCGGAAUAGAGAACGAGUUGGACUUUACUAACCAGGCCAUCCACAUCAGCGUCAAGUUCUAG